AUGUUGGCCCCCGCAGUGACGGCGGUCCGGCGCUGGGUCGAACACCGGUUUGCCAAAUCCUCGAUCAAACGCCUCAGUUUCGUGGUAUCGCUUUUGCUGUGCUUACUGGCAGGCCUGAUCCUCCUAUUCCUGGUAUUUGCCACUGCCUUCCAUGACCAGCUUGGUUUGCUGUAUCUGGAUUGUAACACCAUCGCCCUGAUGCUGGCGUUGGCGAUGUACGCUCCCAACGCCGCACUAGGGUUUGCUGCUGACGCCUAUGGUCCUCCACUUUUACUGGUGGUGGCAGUAGUGCUUUUCUUCCCUGCCUACGCUGGGUUAGCAGUGCUCGUGGCGUCUAUGGAGGACGGAGUGAUUGUUUCAAAGUACUGUCUAGGGACUUGUUUUGCUCUUGUGGGUAUAGCCACUCUGGCGUUAUAUUUCGGCUCCGUACUUACCUGCGCUAAGAUCUACCCUCACCUGAAAGGGAUGGCGAUCUCGCUUCCGGUAACGUGUUUUGGCUUCUCCCUGCUUCUUGGGUCGCAGUUGAUGAAACGAUUCCACAAUCCUGAUGGUCUGCUUGACCUCCAUAAAGUGUUCUGGUUCUUCGCCUGGCUUUACUUGGUGAUUGGAGCGAUGUCCUUUGUGGCCUGUUCAGUGGUGAUGGCAGAACAGGACGUCAUCUUUGAUGAGAUCAUGGUGAUGCCGUCCCCAGAGACAACGCCUGCUCCCUAUGGCGUGGACGGCACUACAACCACUACUGAAACUGAAGAACUGCCACUUUUACCUCAACGGCUGAUUGAACCGAAACACCAUCGGGCGCGGUUUAUUGCGUUCCUUAAAGACGAGCUGACGUGGCUCUUAAUGGUCACUUUAAUCCUCUCCAUUGGCCCCAUGGAGUCCUUCCAGAAUAACUUGGGAAGUAUUCUCAAGAUCCGUGGCGGCAACUUACCUGAUCAAGUCCUGGUGAUGGCGGCGGCUAGUACUGCUGCUAGACUCGUGAUGGGGGCUGCUUCCGACUACUUAUCGCUGCCACUGAGUCCGGUCCAGAUCUGUCGUGUGUGGCUCGUUAUCAUCGCCCUUAUCACUGCCUGUAUCGGUCAGUUGGCCGUCGUCGGCUACCAGGGCGACUUCUCCCCCGUGCUGGUGGUUAAUGGUGUUGGCUACGGGUCGAUGUUUACCUUAUUUCCCGCGCUAGCGUGUGAAGUGUGGGGGGUAGACUUCUUCGGCACCUCAUGGGGGACGUUUAUGAUUGCCCCCGCCGUUGGGUCGGUGGUGUUCUCGUUGUUUUACGGUCACGAAAUGGACCAGGGCAUAGGGCUUGCCCACUACUUCUCGAUCACGCUGGUGAGUCUCUUUGCCAGUGCGGUGUUGUUGUUGAUCACCUGGAAAGUGUUGUGGCGGAAACGGAGGUUUGAUGUGUUUUGA